AUGGGUAGAGAUAUCAAAGAAUUUUACAAUUUAAGGCACAGAUAUUUGGAUAAAAGGAAAGAGGCAAAUUUAAAUAUUUUAAAAAGUACUAGAAAUAAAAUAACGUGCAAUAAUGACGUGGCGAUUACCAAUGCACCCGCCCAUUUAUGCGAAAAUAAAGAUGAAUGCAACAAGAAUGCAGCAACAAGCGCGCAUAAAAUAAAGGCGCAAAGGAAGAACACUGGGUUCAGGAAGAACCAUGAAUCUGCUGAACACAGUGGCAGGCAUAAGGACAGGACUAAACACAAAGGCGAAGAGAGAGGCAGCGGCAAAAUUGUCAAAAUGGUCAAAAUAGCCAAAAUUGAUAAAGACGACAAAAGCGACGUGAACGACGCGAACGAUGCAAAAAAGGAGAACAAGGGACCGGAGGGACCAUUCAACCACAAAACAGGUCACAAAGGUAAAAAAUGCCAAUUGCACAAAUCGGAAGAGUGCAAAGACCACGACGUAGGCUGCUAUGAUCAACACACAGGCGAAUGUGAAAUUAUCGCAAACACGAAUGAAACAGACGCCUAUUCAGAUGUUUACGUGGCAAAUUCAAACAACCCAUCAGCGUAUCACCAUAAUGAUAACAAAUUGAGUAGCCGCUCGGGCUCUACCUCCAAUAAGGCACAUGUACACCUCGUUGAAGAAGAAAAAAAAAAUUUAAACAGCAACAACGUGAAUAAUUCCGAAAUAAAAAAUGUGUACGACGUUUUAGAUAAAAAUUUUGGUUUCAUCUCCUGCACUAUUAAUAGUAACGGAGCUAACACGAGAGGCGGCACUAGUAGCACAAUUCAAAGUAACUACACACUUAAGCAUGAGCAACAAAAUUACAGCCAUGCUACAUCUAAUAUUUGCGACAGCAAAAAUGAUGACGAAAAAGUGGCGCACGCAACGAUAAGAUGUGACACAGUAAAUGCAAAUUUAAAUGCAAAAAAUGAUGAUCAUGCCAAAGGUGGUAAUUCCUACUAUAACGAAAAAUGUUGUUAUAAUGUCGUGAAGAAUAUAUGCGAAGGGGGGCCCCAAAUGAAUGAAGACAGGCACAAUAGUAGGUACCUUUUCACCGAUGAAAACGAUUUAUCCGUCAUGGAGAAUAUCAAGUCGUUGAUUGACCACAAUGUGACAAAUGAAAGAAUCCAUAUAAAAGAAAAAAAAAAUGUACUUAACAUAUACAAAGUGUGCUUUCCAGAGGACUGCCCAGACAAUCUGGUAAUAAGCGAAAAAAAUCUGGACAAGAACUAUCAUCUCCCUGCAUUUCUUAAUAAAAAAAUAAACGAACUAACAGAUAGAUACACACACUGUGCAGAGUUAACUCACCAUGGAAAUAAUGACAUACAUGAUAAUCCUAUGGACAGUAAGCUCCAAAUGUAUAAAACGAUUUAUAUGUACUACUGCGAUAGGGGUCAAAUUAGUAAUAGCCAAAAUGUCAAGGGAAUAACCAGUUGCGAGGACAGCGGGGAACAAAAUAGCAAUCAGGUUAGUGUGAACACCUGUGGAAAGAAUCGCACAAAUCAAAGUCAUAAAAAUUUCGAGGAUGAACAUAAGUCAAAUGUCACCCUCACAAAAUGCCCUUCGAGUAAGAACUCUGAGCAAAGAGAAAAAAGCAACGGCACCAGCAAGAGUGGCAGCGAGGACCAUAGCACCAAUUAUCGCACGCACAAUGGAAACGACGCUGGAGAUGCCUACAGUAGUAGCCGCAACAACGGACAUAAUGACAACUAUUACGGUCAUAACUGCAACCGUAGCAACAAUGCGAAAAAUGGCAGUGACGACGAUGACAAAAAUGGAAGCGAUGAUGACAAGAAUGGCCGGGACGAUAACAAGAAUGGCCGGGACGAUGACAAAAACGACAGCGACGAUGAAAAGAACGAAAGCGAAGAUGACAAAAACGAAAGUGACCACGAUCAUAACGAAUUUGAUGCAGAAGGGAGACCCCAUCCUGAUAGCUUCAAAAUUCCCCACAAGGCUGUCAACCCAGAUUACCACGAACAACCGAUCGAGCAGAGCAAAUUAUAUUCCAAAGAAGCCCAACACGAGGAAGUAAGCAACCUGUACAAAGAAAUGCUGACCAAACACAUGAACAAUUCAGGCGAUUUACUCAAAGAAUUACAUAUACAGAAAAAUGAAAGGGAAAACAGCCCAAAUAAUAAAUACCUAGAAGAGGACACCUACGUAAGAAGUGAUGAUAUAACUCAACCCAUUGAUCAUUUCCUCAAAAAAAAAGAAACCUAUAAUUGGAAUAAAGAACAUUACGAAAUAUUCCACUCGUUAAAUGAUAUAAUAUGUGAAGUGAAAAAAAAAAGCAACUUAUUUAUAAAUAAUUAUAAGAAUAAGGAGAUGGUCAUAGACAAUAAUAACAACUCACUAAAGAGCAAAAUCGACAGCACCCUCUUCAGCAACAUAAACAAGAAUGAUAAUUUCUCCAACGAUAGCAAUAUGAGAAAAAAAUAUAGUGCGGAACAUGUCAAUAAUAAUCUGUAUAAGCACAAACUAAGCAGCAACAGUGCAUUAAAUAUAAAGCCUAGUUCCCAUUCAGGGCCUAGAAACAGCAAUGCUUAUCACUCCGAGAUGGAGGACACCUCUGGUUAUGGCUGCAACAGUUACAGAAGUAACCACAUUGACGAUAUCGGCGGUAACAGCGCCAACUGCAGCGAAUAUGAUUGUGAUAAACAGUCCUUUAGAAAUAAUAGAAGCCCCAUAAAAUGUAGCAAAAUAAGCAACUUCAAAAUGUACAACAUGGGGACGGAGAAUGUACACGUAGAAAAUUCCACGACUAAGCCAACCCUCCAAUGUGACGGGAACUUCAAGACAGAUCGAAUCGACGAGUUCGAAUACAACAGUCACGUCCUCCAUAAGAAUAAACUAAAGGAAAACAGUUAUUCCAAACAGGUACUGUUAAAAAACGUGGGACACAAAGUAGACAGCAAAUUUGUGCAAAUUAAGAAAAAGGAAAACAUAAGCGCACACACAGAUCCAUUUAACGAGCACGCCCAAAUGAAAGACAUGUAUGUGCAGGAAAACCCGAAUGGUAACAAUAGCUUAAUAAAUAAAGAUAUGUACAACAAUUUUAAAGGAACAGAAAAGUCGAAUGCAUUUCCAUAUACACAACACAACAAAGGGAGCAAUAAUACCCCCUUCGACAGUUCUCUUAUGAAUUCCUAUUUUUAUUUAAAAAAUGAGUUAAAAGAAGUAGACGACAUUCACACAUCUAUAUCGAAUGACAUCAAAACAAACGGACAGUUGUCCCAGAGGAGGAACCUGCCAACGAGUCUACCAACGAAAGCUGUGGAGAGCCCCCCAAAGGAUACUUCACACAGUAACACCCGUAGUAAAGCGCAUAAACCCGUGAGUCACCAUCACGAAGUGACCAAAGCGAGUAGAAAUAACACAGAAAAGGAGAUGGACAGAAAAAUGGUAACGAAAGGAUAUCUAGAUAAAAAGAACAAAUUCCUUCAGUACAACCAAUACGCAGAUAAUCACAUAGUCCUAGAGGACAGCGUCGAAGAUGUAACUUGCGAGAUUAAAAAUGCAAAUGAAGAAAUGGGUGCCAACAGAAGUAGCGCCACGAACACCACGAGAAAUGCAAAUCCCUUUUUAACAAAAUGUUAUAACGAAAAAAAUGAUUAUGAAUACAUCGAGGACGACAACUCCGUGUAUAGCGUAAAUAACGGACAGCCUGAUCAGAAAGUCCCUUACCUAAUAAUCAACCCUGAACACGGGACGAGUGACCAAAUGGACGGCGUGAAAUAUGCACCCGCGCAUACAUUGAGCGGAGGUGACUUCUUAAACACAAAUGACGCACAUGGAUUUUUCCCUAACGGGAAAAACAACAACGAAGUUUGUACAGUGGAGGAUGGUGAUGUCGUCGAAGUAAUUCCUAGCGAAGUGGAAGUCACCAGUGCUACUCUCGCUGCGGAUAAUUAUAGCCAACAAAGUGGUGAUCACAGCUGCAACCGAGGCAGCAAAGGAAGCAACUGCGAAAGAGGCAACUGUGGUGGUAAGAAGAAACAUACCAGCUGUGCGGAACUUCCCACUAGUCGCAAAACUGUUGGGAGCAACUAUCUCACGAGAAGCAAAUCCAGCCAUGAUAUCCAGCACAACUAUUCAGAUCAUAGCAUUGAUUCCAUUUAUGAUGGAAGAAGGAACAGACUAUAUGAAUACGACUCAGUAAUGGGUAGGAAAAAAUUGAGAAAACAGGGGAGACCAAAACUAACACAAAAGGCGACAAAGAAAAAGCGAAAAACGAGAUCGUUAAAUGAUAUAGAUAUGAAUUACUCCGUUGAAGGCCCAAAGUUAGGAAGAGGGAAACGGAGGAAAAAGGGUUUCAAACUUAAGAACAAAAAUAAGAACAUCAACGCGAUCAGUAACGGAAAUGGAAAAAGAAGUGAAAGUACAAACAUGAACAGCAGUAUCCACGACAUAUGUAACCCGAUUAGAGAUCCAUUCAACUACGAAAAGAUGGAAGAUGACCCCCUCGACAUGACGAACGAAGAAUUUCAUCAUACCAAAAUUUCCAGCGGUAACAUAAAGUAUGAACAAAGCAACAUAAAUCCAUAUAGACAAAGAAUCACGGAAGCAGAUUACAACGGAGAAAGCAUCGCAUCAGCAGAUAUGAAAGGCAGUAGUUUAAGCUCCAUAGACUAUUACAGAAAUUAUGACUCCGUCCAAUGUGUGAAAGAGGAUUUACUAAAAAAUGAAAAAUUCCCAUUCAUCUUUUACGAUUCUAAUAUACGCAAUUUGGUAAUAUACUACAAGGAUGAUUGCAGUGACGAAAUUAAAUGCAAAUAUUUUUCCGCCCAACGAUUUGGACACGCAACAGCCAAAAAAAUUGCCCUGAACUUUCUGAGGUCCCUAGGAAUCAAUCCAGAUCACCUAGAAAAUAAUAAUGUAUUUUCCUAUGAAAAGGACUCCAAAAGUAAGCUAUUCAACAUGGAAAGAGGAAAGACAUAUGUGGACAAAGAAGAAAACUCAAAUAUUAAUCUUAUAUAUGAUACGAAAAAGAGAAACGUAAUCGUCUCAUGGAUUAACAAAGUGAAAGGAUAUAGCUUCAGAAAAUUCUCAACACAGAGAUUCGGAUUCGAUGUUGCCCUAUGCCUGUCCAUUGAUUUCUAUAAAAAUUUAGGAGGAGAAAAAGAAGAAGAGGAAAUACGAAAUUAUAUUAAUAAAGUCAAUUCAAAUUUUAAAAGCAUUCGAAUAUUAACAAGUAAAAAAAAAAGAAAUUUAAAAGGAAAAAUCAUAGAUGCCACAACCGAAUUUAUGGACCUAUAUUCCAAUAGCUACGAAAAUAUGUAUGAUAAUACUUCCCUGUCCUACUUCUAUUUUAGUAACAUAAAAUACAAUAUAGAGAAUCUAAAAAAUAAAAGCACACAAAAAGAAACAAGUGCCAACACACAAAUGAACAAGUACACCAAUUUGUUUUACAUAACCGAUCAGUUCUAUCAAAUAUUCGAAUGCAAGUUAAAGAACAUACAUAUGGAACAAGUAAAAAUGACGAAAGUUUAUCAGUAUGAUUUCUUCUUAAAUAAAACCUUCUAUUUUUUAUAUCUGAAAUAUUUAGAAAAUGUCAAAUCAGCCCUGUGCGAUGAAAAUAUCCACAACUUCGCAACCAUGUGUGAGCAAAUUAAAUUGUGCAAAUUGUGCAAAUUGUACAAAUCGUGCAAAUCGUGCGAACCGUGCGAACCGUGCGAACCGUGCGAACCGUGCACUGUGCAGUCAUACCAUAAGGUGCAAAGCGCAACCGAUGACCAGUAUGCUAGUGACCCUCCCUCCAACUACUUUCAAUUGGUGGACCUCUACUGCGAUAGUGAUAUUCAUAGGAACUGCACGAAUGGGAAUAUUAACUAUUUCAUGAGUAAGAUGGACUACUACAGGAACGAAGACAUCCUGAUGAAAGGCUACUACACCGCAGAUGACACCAAACUGUAUGACAUGUUUUUCCUUUCCAGUGGCCGUAAAGGGGGAUUGGAGGAGGACACCUUUUUGAUCGACCUAAACAGCAACACGUAUAACGACAGGGUGUACCACGACAGGAUCUAUCAUAAGAAGCUCUACAAGAACGAAGACCACCACAACGAACUCUAUCCAGGGGGACUAAGCCCAUCGCAAAAGACCAACAGAAGAACAACGAGAAAUAAAAACGCUGAAAGAGGAAAGUCCUUCCAGGACUACCACUUUUAUUACAAUAGUGGAAACGAGCUUGUGUGCGGUAAUGGAAAUCCUAGCGGCGAUGGCAACAACUGCAACUGCGGUAGUAAUAACUGCGGCGACGUGAACAGCAGCAGCAGCGGUAGCAACCGCAAAAAUUCCUAUAGCCAUUUCGACAACACUGACGAUGACGACGACGUGUGGGUUUGCAACGAGAAGAGAAAAGGCACCAGAAAGAGAAGAAGAAUGUCCAAACAUAGAAAGAGGAGCAAAACUAAGGGAAAAGCAAAGCAUAGCACUAUGUCAAAAAAGAACUCUAUUAUGAGUACCAAAAAAAGUGAGAGUUUUUAUGAAGAAGAGGAUGAGGAGGGCAACGAAGACGAAGAGGAAAUGCUGCUAAACCAAGUGAGUGGCUACAAAAAGGUUGGUAAAGAAGCAAAUAAAAUGAGAAAUAGAUCCACCGGAAGAGGAAAAAAUAAAGGGGUUCACAAAGGAGCGAGCAAGAAAACCGGGAGGGGAACCAACAAACGGAUGCAUAAGAGGACUCUUAAAAACGCAAGCAAGGGUGUUACCAAAGGUGGCACCAGAGGAAUCAACAAAGGCAACCACAAAGAGCAACAUAACAUGAACUAUUUAAAACAUAAAAAAUUUUCAUCAACAAAUAAAAAUAUAAGCAACUUACUUACGAAAGGGAGAAAAUAUAUUCUCUGCUACAACUAUAUGGGGAAAAUCCAGGUGAAAGUGUUCAGUGCUGAUAUAUAUGGCUCCAUGACAGCUCAGAAAAAAUCAGUUGCAUUUUUACAGCAAGUUAGGAGAGAACUAAAAAGUGAGGGUAAAAUUCUAUACAAUGAGAGUGACAGCAAAACCGCAUAUGACGUAACAACGUCUCUAAUGGAGUCGGCGCUGUUAAAUCCGUAUGACCAGGACGGUUCUGCGCUGAAGAAUAAUAUCCAGUGCGCAGAUCACCCAUCUCAGGCGAACAACACGGUUGUCAAAAAAAGGAGGGGUAGGAAACGCAAAAAAAGAGAAGACGCAGUGGAAGAAGUGUUUGAAAUGGCCGUAGCUCUGCAGGCAGAGCACCUCGAAUGGAAGACCCAAUUCGCGCAGGAACAGACAAAGCAGGAGGACGCAAAACAGCAGACAUGCCAGCAGAGCAACCACGGGGCGCAGAAAUGUGUCCGGGGGAGGACAACCGUUGGAAAGGGCAAAGAAAACGAGCUAAGCUCGCCUUUGAACGCACAGUUAAGCUCCCAAAUGAACGUCCGAAUGAACGCCCAAACCAGUGACGAAAAUGCACCUGCGAACAACUACCAAAACACGAUGCUAAGCGACUCCGCGGAUUACCAAAACAUGCACAACUUUUACGAAAAUGAAGACAAUAAUGAAAACGUAUCGAUGUGCCGAAUGCACAAUUGUGAAGAUAAAAUGGUUAACCCUAAUGAUCCCAUUAUUAUUUCCGAUAGUUUAAUGAAGACAUAUUCAAACAAUGAGAAAAUCCAUAGGGCACUAGACACGCAGAAUAAGGACUACAACACAAAGGAUAAGGAAUAUGAAAAAGGUACUUUUGGAGAACCCGUUAAAAGGAACUCAAAGGGAAGUGACCCCCCAUUAAGUGAAUACAUAAACAACACGACAAGGGAAGAAGGAAAACGUUUUGAUCAUAACAACAGGGUGAAUUCUUUGAGCGAGGCACCUUCGAUAAGUUGCACAAAGAGGUAUAGUGACGCAACGGAAUAUGAAAUAAGCAUCACGCUAAGUAACAAAAGGGAGCAUCUGAACAGCACCAUAAGGAGCGAAAGCGAAGAUGAAAAUGGUAAAGAUCCUUCUCAGAUAAAUCAAAACAAACAGUUGAGUCUACACUUGGGGAAAGACGAAACACAAAAUAGCAGUAACAUCGGGAUUACGAAACAUAUCAACUUAAGUAGCGAUAAAAGGAUUGCCAUAGAAUAUCCCCAAAAGGGAAAAAUAAACACAUUAAAUUGCUUCAACAAGUUAAGUUCUGAACAGAAAGUAGUCAAGGGUUACUUAACUCUAAGAAAAGAAAAAAUCAUUACACCAAAUGUAAAAAGGGUGUACUCUUUGUACGAUUUAUACAAUAAAAUUAUUAAUGAAUGCGAUUACGCAGAUUUCUUAUCACAAAAUAGUGCACAGAAGACACUCAAAAAUAGGAAGGGUGACCAAAAUUAUGGUCCAAGUGAUGACCCACAUGAUGACCUCAUGGACGAUCAGGAUGACGAUCCAAAUGAUGACAUCUUGGGUGAUCAGGAUGACGAUCCAAAUGACGACCCACUGGACGAUUUUUCCCUCUACAGCAAACGAAUAAUAAUGAAAAGUGGCAAAACAGAACGGACGAACAGGAACCGUAUGCCAAGAGCAAGGCGUAAUCAAGACGGACUAGCGAAUAACGAAGUGGUCAAUAAAAGCGAAUGUCGUGAUGUGGUCAGUUUUCCAAAGGGAAAGGAAGCAAAGGAGGAAAGGGGAACCGCAACUGGAAGCGACCCACGCGAAGACGCCGAAAUAGAAAAUUUUGUAAAAAGUGGAGAAACGCUUAGCAGCACUAACCCUGCGUGCUCCCCGCGAAAUUUCAAAAAUGACUGGAGCGGACUAGUCAAGUAUAACACUUCAAAAGGUGUCGUCAAAAUCCCCAAAAUAUGCGUCCACAAAUUGGCUAGAAAAAAGGGGUUCACCAAACUGACGUGCAUUAUUUACAGAGGAAAGGGAGAAUUCGUUUCUUAUUUCCUAGAACGGAGCAACAAAAAAAUUAAUGACAGAAGCGCGGUGCAAAAUGAAAACAAGGAGGACAAAAUUGCCGAACCGAAAAUGCCCUUUAAGAGUAACGAAAAAAAUGGCUGUGCUAAGUUAAAUACCUACCAGGGUAGCACUGGUGGGAAUGCAGCUAAAGAACAGGCUACACAAUCGAACAAGAAAUAUUAUUUAAGAGAAAAGCAAAGCAACCUUUUAUCAGAAAAUACUUUGUUUUAA